AUGUUUACCACAAGAAGCGCAUCCAGCUAUAAUAAACUGCCAUUCUAUACAUCAUACUCACGGAAAUCACCCAGGCAAAGACAGAAACUGUUGUGGCGAGUGGCUCUCACGGCCCUCAUUGUCCUGUUUCUACUGGGUCGGUGGCAUUCAUCUAGAAAAUCAACUGAUACCACAGCACCGUUAGACACAAGCAACAAGCCUACAGCGCCCACAUCUCACAACAACCUCGAGGUGACCCUACCCCCACCUGCUUCUUCAGAUGCUAAAGACUUUAAAGAGCUAACACUUGCUCGCGAAACAAAACUAAGCACUGUGGGCACAGCGAUACCCAAAAUUGUUCAUUUCGUCUACGGUCUUCGAGAUCCCAACCCAACACUGGAUUUGAUCCACUACACUGCCAUCAAAGCUGCUCACGACGUACUCAAACCAGACAAAAUCAUGUUUCAUUACCAUUACAUGCCUGUGGGAGACAAUUUUGAAAGAGCUAGACCCAUGCUGACGCUCAACAAAGUGCCUCUUGUCGAAAAGGUGUUUGAUCGUCCAGUUAGUCAUUACGCUCAUCGUGCGGAUGUGGUGCGUUUACAAGUGCUGGAAGAGUUUGGCGGUAUCUAUCUAGACCUUGAUCUGAUCUCGGUAAAGCCAGUGGAUCAUUUGUUGGACCGUGAAUUUAUCAUGGCGCAAGAAGGCGUUGAUGGCUCAGUUGGCCUCUGCAAUGCCAUGAUCAUGGCAAGACCUCAUUCUCGUUUUGUUCAACGAUGGUUCGCCACUUAUGCAUUAUUCGACAGCGCGGAAUGGAACUAUCAUUCAGUCAUUUUACCCGGCAAAUUGGCACCCUUCUUUCGCAACGAGAUCACUGUAUUGAAUCACACUGCUUUUUUCUGGCCGCUAUGGGACAGCCAUGGAUUGCGCACAUUGUACUUGGAAAAGAGCUACGAUUUCUCUGCCAAUCUCGGUACACAUAUCUGGGAAUCCGCUGCCAACAAGAACUUGAUGAAGGAUAUCGAUGAAAAGGUUGUCAUGGAAAUCGACAAUAGUCUCUACUGUCAAAUCAGACCUUUGUUGUUGGACGGUAAGCCGGAUCCAAGACCGAGAUCAUGUCGUAUUCUAUCGCAUACGGAACGAGCUGACAAGCUAAUCGGGCAUUGGUCGCUCAAGGAACCCACUUUAGCACAGAGAAAAGAAACAAACCCGCUGCCCGCACAGGACGAUUCAGGCAACGAUUUGAAUGGGCUGAUUCGAAAUGGCAAAUAUGUCGAUGACAGCAUCUAUCUAUCAGGCGAUACCAGCUAUAUCUUUCUCAACAUGCCAACAGAGACAUCAGCAAAGUCAAUGACAGUCAGUUGGUGGAUGAAGACAUCCAGCACAAGCAAGGAUCAAAUGGCCAUGGUGAUUCAGACAGACAAUGGCAGAAUCUAUGUAUCCACCCAUGUGCUAGAGAAUGGCUCGCUGUCGUUCCAAGUCAAGACAGUGCGUAGAAAUGAUCAGUGGGAGUGGGCUCAAAUUGAAGAUUUGGCAUUGAGGCCCUCGCCCUAUGCUGUAGAUCAAGAAUACCACCAUUAUGCAUUGGUGAUAAAUGACCCAAAGAGCAAUCUAGGAGAGCCGCCUAUUGCUUUGUACCUGGACGGUUAUGUUGCUUCCAGUAGCAUUCAUUGGACGUACCCAGAGUCGAUUGGAUCUAUUGUGAGAGGUGUUUGGUUCGGAUCUAUUGAGCCCUUGAAUGACCGUUAUCAAAGUCCAUGGGAUAACUCUGUCAAUUUGCAAGCCUAUUACCGCGAGAUCAACAUAUGGGAGAAGGGGCUCAGCGUUGCCAUGGUCAAGGACAUGGUAGCAUCGACCCAUAUGACAUUGACAACGGCCAGCAAAAAGAAGGCAUCCAAAUCCAAGACCAAUGCCGCUACAACAACGCAAGCAUUCUCCAAUGAGAAAUCUCAAUUGGACCAAGAACUCGAGCAAGAGGAAUUGGAAGAAGACGAAGAGCUUUUGUGGGGUGCCAAUGAUCAAUUAGACGAUUAA